AAAAAAUCUGUCUCCAGCAAUCACUACAACAGUGAAUCUGCUAUGCGAAACAAUUAUAGUUCUUUGGAGUACAAGCGGACAUGUCAAGCGGCAGCGUCAGGAAUGGCUGCAGGAAUUUUGGGACUAACAGGUAUGCCUGGCUUUAUCUUCUACUUCGUAACGGUGGCCAUCCAAGUCACAGAGCUCACGGAGCACUUGAGAAAACCGGAAAAUUCGUUUGACUCGGACGCAACGGAUUGUAUUUACAGGGCCAUAAAGAUCAUGGCUGGGCAAACACAGAAUAACUCACUUGGUUCACUGUGUUCAUCACCAGUAAGGUCUCCAGUACCGGGCAAGAUCGUGAUAACUUAGCCACCGGGGAUCACAGGAUGGAAAAUGAACUCAGCUUCAGCCCCACGAGCCAAGCCGGAGUCAUCAGAGAAGGGGUCACAGAACGAGCUGGAAACGAUCGUACCACGUCUUACUCUAGAAUCCUCACCUACCACGUCGGUAAAUCAUACGCCAUUGCCCUCACUCCAUAGUCAGCUGCUACCUGUCGACACACCAAGGUUACGCACAAGUAUUGGUGAGCCUUCGCAUUGUUGUCAUCGAUGUUAUAAUCGACGUAGCUAUCUUCAAGCUUCAGAUUUUGUCUAUCUUUUUCUUUUUGGUCUUGGUACAGCUUUGAUUUUCUAUUACUUUUAUCUUCCCCCUCUAUACAAGGGUCCGGUGUAUUUAUCUCCUACCUCUCUAUCUUGCCACAGCUCUAUCGAUGAUUCUAGUUGUAUAUGGUGUAUUAGCAAUGGUAGCCGUUUUAGCGGAGUUUUACAGUCUACAGUUCUAACGUCAUAGCUAUUAGAUUCACUUUCACUAUCCUCAGC